AUGGCCGCGGUCCUCUUCCAGAUCCACGCUGCGGCGCCGCUCACCGCCGACGACCGCUACGUCGCCGUCGUUGGCAACGUCUCGGAGCUCGGCGCAUGGGACGUCGCCAAGGCCGUUCCGCUCAAGAAGCAUGUCGGCACCUCGACGCUCUGGGAGGCGACUCUCGAAGUCGCCAUGUACGCGCUUAUCGAGUACAAGUACAUUGUGCUGGACCGCGCCGGGGGCCUCGUGCUGUGGGAGUCACUGCCCGGCAACCGCACGCGGGUUGCCGGCGGGACCAACGUGGCGCUGCACAAGCCGGUCACGCAAAGCUCGAUCUUUGUCGCGCCCGCGGGACCUGUGCCUGGCCCACGCGUGCCUGAGCUGGCCGUGAACGGCAACACGAGCGGUCAUUUCGAGCACAUGUGCUGUCGCACGAACGUGCAAGACCAGCCGUACUGGCAAGUCGACCUGCUCGCGAGCACACCGCUGGCGAAGCUCGUGCUCUGGAACCGCCAGGACAUGUUCUUGGACCGCCUCGUGCCGGUGUGGCUGCUGCUGUCCAACACGCCGUUCGGCGACGUCUCGUUGGAGGCUGCGAAGAAGCAGGCGCUGGCCUCGAUGCGGUUUGCCUCGGCGGCGACGAACUUUGAAUGGCCGGUGACGACGACGGCGCGCUAUGUGCGCGUGCAGCAUGAAGCCGCGCACACGAGCUUGCAGUUUGCGCAGCUCCAAGCGUUUACGCCGACGCACUUGGCGCCGCCGGUCCUCGAUGGCUGGUUUGGGCUCGACAAUCGCGCGCUCGGCGAUGGCCAGUCCCACAUUGACGGGCAAUGGCUCGCGCCGGGGGCGACGCCCGAGCUCCGCCUCAUCUUUGGAAGCUUUGAUAAGAAGCCGUCCGUGACGUUUACGGACAAGGUGCAGCGAUCCAUCUACCUCCAAGCACGUGUGCUCGGGCAUCCGUCGACGUCGAUCGUCCACGCCCCGUACUCGGCGGAUUUGCGCGCUAUCGACGUUGCGAUGCCGACGCCGCACUUGGAUCGAGAGCUCCUUGGCAAUGCGCUGCCGCUGCCGCCCUCGCUGUCCCGAGGACUCGACCACGUGUCGCUGCUCACGACGUUGCCACCCCACGUGCGUGACGAGCUCACGGCCAAGCUCGAGCGCAUCUCGUUUCCGGACGCGCAGCCGAUUCUUUCGAUUGGCCAGGACCGCCACCACCUGCUCCUUGUCGACGCGGGUGUCGUUGCCGUCACGGGCCCAACGACGACGCAGGGCACGACGACCUUUCUCGAGCUCGGGCCGGGCGCGUACUUUGGCGAACUGGCCCUGGUCAGCGGCGCCAACCGCAGUGCGCAGGUCGUUGCGAAAGGCGCGGUGACGCUCUCGCGUUUGCACCGCGACGACUUUGCAGCCGUCUUGGCUGCGCAUGGCCUCGACGCGACGUCGCUGCUUGCAGCGCACGCCGACGGUAUCGCGGCUUCGCUGCCGCUUCUGACGACGACCCCAUCGCCCAAGACGCCGUUCGUGGCUCAAGACACACUUCAGGUAGAUGACGGUUGCUAG